AUGUCUGCUAAUUUUGACCCCUAUCAGCCAAGCGAUACCAUACAAACUGUCCUAAGUUUUCUAAUGGUUCCAACUGGCAUCCUGUCUACAUGGGGAUCUUCCUGCAUUAUUCGUAGCAUUCGCAAGGAAAGAAAGUGGAGUCCCUAUCGACGAUUGAUGAUUGCCUUGAGCAUAUGCGAUAUUUUCUCAACAGUAGCAUACGUGUUGCAACCAUUCUUGGGUCCUCGCGAAUCGCCGUAUGCCUAUGCACAGACGAUAGGAAACGAUGCUACUUGUACUUUGAUGGGAGCCUGGAGUCAGUUGACUUUUAUGGCUCACUGGUACUCCGCAGCCUUGAGUUUCUACUUUGUUUCUACUGUCCGAUAUGGAGUUUCGGAAACUACCUUUGCCCGAAAGUACGAACGAUGGAUUCAUUUCAUUAUUGUCACAUUUCAUACUGUUACAGCUGUCGUUGGUGCAAUUGGGGACGUGUACUUUCAACGACAAAUAAACCCCGGUUGCUGGGUCGCAGAACCACCGUAUACUUGUUCUGGAAUGAAUUGUCACUCUGAAUUGAUUGCAUACAUAUUUGGAUUCCCGACUGUAAUAGCUCUCUUCGUUGUGCUCAUCAACAACCGGUUGCUGUACACUCAUGUAAAAAAGACGAUAGUCGAAGGGCAUCGCAAGGCGAUAGAAGCCGAAAAGCGACUUCGAAUGUACCAACAGCGACAACAAGAGCAACCACUACAAAGUUCGGACACAACCAAGAGAGAAGGCACCACUAGUCCUGAUCAAACUAAUACUGGCACUCCAACUAGUGCGUUGCAAUCAUCCGACAAGCAAUGGGAACGAGUCCGACAAGUUCGGAUUCAAUCUACUCUGUAUGUUGUCGCAUAUUUGAUUACAUUCGCUUGGUCUGCCAUCAUUAACAUUCUCAACAGUCGGCGCUUUCAAGAGCAAUACGAAUACGCUGGGCGGUUGUACUUGCCCCUGUUGGUGUUGCAAUCCAUAUUUUUGCCCUCCCAGGGUCUGUUCAAUGCCAUGGUAUUUUUUCGUCCCAGAUUCAUGGCGACUCGCAAGAAGCAUCCCAAACAAACCCGAAGCUGGUGUGCUCGGCAAUCCAUCCAAUUUGAACAUAUCAAGCCUUCUUCAGACCUAGGAAGUCAAGACAUCAGAGGUGUAGUGGUAAUGAAAGAGGAGGAGGCAGGAGAAGACGAAGUCGUACAAAUGUCGAAACGAGAUCCAUCGUCAAUCAUUCCACCGGAUAUUGUAUCGGGCGAGGAGCCCCCCAGUGCCGCGCAGGAGAGCGAAAGGUACUUUUCGAGUGGAAGACCGUCGAACGGAAAACUUGCAAGUGAAAAAACAUCUGUUCUUAUUGCUUCGACAGAUUCCUGGGAUGGAUGA